AUGCCUUCCCGCUGGGACAUUCUUCCGAUGCACUUGGGCAUCAUUGGCCUGAUUGGGGCCAUAGCAGUAACUGGUUUGUCCACAUGGAAAGUUUUUGUUUUUCCCAGUGACAGUCCUGAUGUCACAGAGGAACUGUGGGAAGGAUUGUGGAUAACCUGCCACAAAUAUUCUGAGCUCCAGGUGGAUUGCAAGCCGUAUGACUUGGACCAUGAUCUUACUCCAGAGCUGAAGGCGAGCAGAUGGCUGAUGUGCUUCUCCAUUGGUGUGAUUGUUGUUGCUUUGAUCAUCACAGGUUCGUUGUUUCACGAGACCUUUUCCUUUUGUGACACUGAGAAGAACAAGAACGUCAUUCUGGCUGUUGGAGGAAUCUUGUUUUGGGUUUCUGUUUUAACCCUGCUUAUCCCUGUCAGCUGGGGGAGACACUCUAUCAAUGGGUCCGACAAUGGAGUGGAUUCUCAGAAAUGGGAGAGGGGCUCAGCUAUCUACAUCGGCUGGGCCUCUUCAGCGUUCCUGUUCCUCGCUGGAGCAAUCCUCCUGAUCAGAUGGAGCAAUUCCGUUCUUCUUCAGAGUCAUUCUCUUGAUCAGAGGAAGGGACGUUAA